AUGCUUACCGAGUCGGCUGCAAUAAAGGCUAUAAUCGUACCGACAAAUUUAGCCGUUGUCAGAAUUGAAGUCAUAGAUUCAGGACUCCACGAGGCCGACUUUGAGGCGAACGGUUACAUUGAAACAUUGUCGAUUGUGGCGAGUGAUUUGCACCGUAUUCCAGCUUCUGUUGCUAAUUUAAUGAACUUGGUUCAGUUGAAAAUACAGUUUUCUCCUAUUAAAGAGGUGCGGUUGACGACAUUUUUGGGAAAUCAGAACCUGAAGAUAUUAGAUCUUCGGCAUAACAACAUAACGUACAUCAUUCGCACGGAUUCGUCAGAGUGUCUGCAGUCCCUGCAAGAACUAUUGCUCGGCUGGAACAAACUGAAACGUAUCGUAUGGGAUGAGUUUUCUCCUCUCUGCCAGCUUCAGAUCAUCGAUCUCUCGAACAACGGAAUAGAAGUGGUCACUGGUCGGUUCACCAACACCCGAAUCAGUGCUAUUUUACUCUGGCAAAAUCGGCUCCAAACGCUUGAUUUGUGCCAGUGGAACGUUCUGCCCUAUAUCGAUUCGAUUAUCUUGCUAGGAAACCAACUGGUGAACGCCCCGGAAUGCCUGGAAAAGCUGCCGAACGUGCAGUCGGUUAACUUUGCCCGCAACAACCUAUCGAGCGUUUCGAUAGCCAGGUUUUCUUUGCUAGAUUAUUUAGACAGUCUCAAUUUCAUCGGCAACCCGAUCAAAUCCUUCACGAUUGACGGAAAGGUUCCGCCACUGUUGGAGUCGAUACAUUUUGACAACAGUGUAGCUGAAAACCUACGCAACAACAGCUUGCCGGUCAGUAUAUAUAAACUAAUCAAAAUUGUGUAA